GGAAAUCUAACUUUCUUACCACAACCCGACACAGUGCAUCGCUCAAGAUGUUCUUCCCUUUAUUUCUUAUGUUGGCCCUGGUUGCAACGCAGGCGGUGGCAUCUCUUCUCCGACCAAAUAGCGUUAGGCUAUCAGAUUAUCACCUUACAGAAAUUAUAAACCGUGAUAUAUUAAAGCCGGCACUGGAGAAUGACGACCUUCCAACUGCCCCUAAGCGCUACGUUGAGCUGCCUCUUAAUCAUGGUGAUCCAAAGUCCCCAAAGUUCAAGAACAGGUAUUGGGUGGAUGAUACCUAUUAUUCCCCUGGGGGGCCCAUUUUCUUUGUCGAUAAUGGGGAAGCGGAUGCGGACGGCAUGGAAGAGUAUCUGAGGAAGGGAGCCACGGGAUCAUUAGCAAAAGAGUUCAAUGGUCUCCUGAUAUUGUGGGAGCAUCGAUUCUAUGGUACCUCAAUGCCGGACAUGACAAAUGCCAUGCGGUUCACAUCCGAUAAUUUCGGGGCCUAUCUAAAAUAUCACACGAUCGAGCAGGCAUUGGAGGACGUGGUAGUGUUCGCAAAGCAAUUCACCUUCAACAAUAAAACAGUCUCUCCCGGGGAGGUUCCUUGGGUAUACCUAGGUGGUUCCUACCCCGGCGCACGGUCAGCUUGGAUGCGGAUCCGCAAUCCUGACAUCUUCCAUGUGAGUCUGGCUUCAUCCGCUGUGGUGCAACUUCAGAAGAAUAUGUGGCAGUAUUACCGCGUAAUUGAAGAAACCCUGGACAAAACCGGCUACGCCAACUGUUCCAGGGACAUCCGCAACAUAACGAAAUGGGUUGACAACGCUUUCGACGAUCAAAAUGGACCGGCUGUCGACCAAUUCCUCGAAAAAAUCACCGGCCCGGAGAAUUCGGACUUGUGGAAUUUCUUCCACUUUGAUGACUCCUCAGAUCCGGGAGAGAUAUGGGACAACAGGCGGAUGAAUGUGAAGGCCGCAAUCGGAGUCGUGUACCGUGACUUUCAGUAUGUGGGGAUGAAUGGGAUUCUAAGGACCUUCUGCGAUGGUUUGCAGUCCAAUAGUGGCGAUUCGGCGGGGGUGGGAGCGGACUUCCGGAACGCUAGGGGAAUAUUUGAGACGCAUAAUACUAGUGCUGCCAUCGAUAUCUAUACGAGUGUUUUGGCAGCACUCUGGCCGAAGGUUCUCAAACCAACAGAUUACCCGGCAGACGGAGUCAAGAUGGAUCAAGUUUAUAACGUGAACUGCGCAAGGAAUCAGGGCCUCUGCAAGCAGAUAGUUACAAAGUGGUCCUGGAUUUACCAGACUUGCAUUGAAUUUGGCGCCUACCAGACUGCGAAUAUUUCCCGUCCAACAAACCUCCUCCCCAAAUUCGAAACCAUCGAAAACGAGCUCAGGGAUUGUAAAGGCUGGUUUGGCAACGCGGUAGCAGGUGGCCCCAAUCUGGAUCCCAUCAACAAAAAAUAUGGCGGCUGGAACAUGAACCCAUCGAAUGUCUUCUGGACUGAUGGUGAAAUCGACCCCUGGCGCGCCCUUACCCCCAAUUCCAUUGAAGACGGUGCACCAAAACGGCCCUCUACCACCAAUAUUCCCCCGUCCGGGAGCAACGCCGGAGGCGAUACGUUCUUCGGCUUCGUUAUGAAGGGAGGAUCGCAUUGUGCGGAUUUAGGACAGUACGUUGGACAGGGGUUGCGAAAUCGAACCGGCGCAGCCCCGGACACGACGGGUAUAAAAGUUCCAGCGGGUUAUGUGCCGGAGGCAGAUACUGCUCAUAACCUAUUUAAGGAUGCGCUGAGGACCUGGUUACCGGCGUUUAAGGCACAUGCGCUAUCCAGGGAGUCUUCAUUCAAAGUGGAUACAACAGGCAGCAGCAGCAGCGGCGACGGCGGUAGCGGCGGCGAGGGCAGUGCGGGGGGUGGGGGCAAUCGGCCCAGCAGUGGUGGAGGCGACAAGAGUUUGGCAAUAUCUCUGUCGGCGUCUAGAUGUUUCUACUCGGCGGUUGUUGUCGUGGUGGUUUGCGCUAUGUUGUAAAGUGGACAUGGAUAGAUCUGUCUCAAAAACUACAGUCAUUCGCGUCCCCACCAUUUUUUUCUUCUUCUUAUGCUUAAAUCGACGGCAUUAGCAUGUACCUAUAUACCACGGUUUUAACUUCACACGGGUGGCGCUUCGUUCUUGGUCAAUUUUCUCUUUUCUAGAUUGUAAGAUAUUUCGUUUGGUUCCCGUUGGGGCUUAUUGUGUGACCGGGCAGGUUCGGGGUGGGCUCUUUUAUUUUUAUUUUUUUCGAUUAUAAUUAUAAUCACUUAUUGGGUAAAAGGGUUGGAAAGGA